AUGACGAGUGUCAACAACGCAUACAAGAUCGACGACUUCAUCAACCCUGUGUUGAAGCCUGCGCAGGCGACCACGGUCGAAAUCAAGACCGUUGACAGUGACACUGACCAGAUUGCAUCCAGACCGAACGCCGAUGCAAGUUCCAUUCUCCAUGCAAAAGUUGGACAAAAGCCGGCCACCGUUACUGGAAGCAAGGGAAGCUACCUAUAUACUUCUGACGGGAACGAGAUCUUUGACGCGACCUGUGGCGCUGCAGUCGCCUGUAUCGGCCACAAUGAUCCUCGGGUGAAAAAUGCCAUCGUGAAACAACUCGACACAGUGGAAUACUGUUAUUCACCGUUCUUCGCCACAGAGGCUGCUGAAAAAUUAGCCCAUACACUCACGGAAUCGACCGGAGGUGAGAUGUCCAAGGUAUUCAUCGUCAGCUCGGGAACCGAAGCGAUCGAGGCUGCUCUCAAAUUGGCCCGACAAUACUUUACCGAAUUGCCCACCCCUCAACCACAGCGCACCAAGUUUAUCGCACGCAAGCAAUCUUAUCAUGGCAACACCUUGGGCUCGUUGUCUGUGGGUCACCAUACCGGCCGUCGUGCCAUCUAUGAGCCCAUCCUAGGCUCGAACGUCGCGCACGUAUCGCCGUGCUAUCCCUAUCGUGAUAUGAAAGAAGGGGAGACGGACGACGCCUAUGUUGCUAGACUGGCUCAGGAGCUAGAGAAUACCUUCCAAAGCCUUGGUCCGGAGACGGUGUGUGCAUUCGUGGCCGAGACCGUGGCUGGCAUGACCCUCGGCUGUGUGCCUCCGACUCCUGGAUAUUUGGAAGCCAUGAGGGAGGUAUGCCAUCGGCACGGAGCGCUUUUCAUUCUCGACGAGGUGAUGAGUGGCAUGGGCCGCACAGGACCGUUGCAUGCCUGGGCCCAUGAAGAGACAAUGGUAGCACCCGAUCUCCAGACCGUUGCGAAAGGUCUAGGAGCCGGAUAUGCCCCGAUUGGAGCACUUCUCGUCAACAAACGCAUCGUCGAUACGCUCGCUCGCGGCACAGGUGCCUUCACCCACAGCCAGACGUAUCAGGGUCAUCCGGUCGCGUGUGCAGCUGCGAAUGAAGUCCAGCGUAUCAUCCGGGAAGAAAAUCUCCUCGAGAAUGCCCGCAACAUGGGCGAGAAGCUCGGGGCACUGUUAAGGGAGAGGUUGGAGUCUCACGAGAAUGUUGGUAACAUUCGUGGAAGAGGCCUUUUCUGGGGCGUCGAGUUUGUCAAGUCAAAGUCUACAAAGGAGUCGUUUCCACCUUCCGACCAGGUUGCAGCGAAACUGCACAAGACCGGAUUCAUGCCCGAGUACGGCAUAUCACUGCUUCCAGGCUCGGGGACCGUCGACGGAAAGAAAGGCGAUGUCAUCGUGCUGGCACCGGCGUACAACAUCACUGCCGCGGACGUGGAGACUAUCGUCGAAAAGCUGGAAAAGGUUGUCCAUGCGAACCCCGCGGGCCCUCGAUCGAAGCAGCAUUGUGUCUCUGCAGAACGCUACGUCCCGAUCGGCGUUGCAGAGACGGUUGCCCUGGGGCUGACCGAGUGCUGUGCGCGUCUUGGAAGAGGCAAGGUCUACCACUUCUCCAAGUGGACUGACGAGAAGCGUCGCGUAGGCGGGUUCCAGAAAUUUACCGAGUCCUACGUUCGACUUCCAGACCUUCUGUACGUCGACUGCUCGUGGAACGACGAAGAAGCUCAAGCCUGGCUACGAUCUCCACACCUGGAUCGACUCCUGGCCCUGGACGCGCGCGGCGGCACUUUGGUGGACGGCACCCCCACGCCGGCCGUCAAUUUCUUUCACGAGAUCGACGACUACGGCACCAUCCAAUUCUUCCCCGGCUUCGGGGCGGCGGCGAUGUACUACAACACCCAUGGCGCCACGUAUCUCGGGUUCACCGAGGAUCUGGCCGCGGUCGCCGUCCAUCGGGUCCACGACACUCCACAUCGCUCCCGGUGGUCUGCCUCGAAGCUCGACGUGGCACAAUUCCAGAUGCGAUCCGGUACGCUGGCGGCCGAGAAGCUGCAAGAUAUGUACCUUGCAACAACCGGGGUAUUGUCGUCUGAAGCAACUUUUGCCGUCUCUUUGUGCCGUCUCCUGGGAAGCCUGACGGCAGGAGGUCGUUCCCUGUCAACCUGA